CGCUCGAUCGAUAAACGAUCAAGUACCCGGAUGUUCGAGUAAAAAAUCAAUAGUCCGCCAUAUUGGAUAUUGCUUAAUGAAGUGUUGAAAGUUACUCUGUAGAAUUUGUUGGUUUUUGACUUUGAUAAUGGCAGAUUUAAGUGAUAUGACGCUUGAGAAGUUUAAAUUAUGGUCCACAAACGCCUUACGGGUGUUUUUAUCAAUGAGAAAUAAAUCGAUCAAAGGAAAUUUUGACGAAAUAGCCGCAAGAGCCUUUUGUUGCUGGGAGGAGAACAUUACGGUGGAUGUGAGUGCAGAGCAGGAGCAAAGACGUUUGCUUGCGGAAUAUCAAGGAAAGCUAGUGGUAGAAGGGGAAAUUAUACCCGAUCCGAUCUCGAUCAAAAAUGGUUGGUUGACGGAAAAGCUUGGUCGUCCUAAAUGGCCAUCCGUAUAUAUCACUGACAUUUCUGACUAUUUAAACACCAAAAACCCAGAAACAUUAAUGAAACGUUUGCUGAAUGAAUAUAAAGAAGGCAAAGCGUACAGGUACUUUUCAAGUGAGUGGGUAAAAGAAGUACAUUAUCAUGACUUAGGUGAACAUUCUGACAAAUGCAUUAUCAAAUCAAAGGUCACUCCAUCUCAAGCAGUGAAUAACAAAGCGUACGAUAUAUGGAUAGUGAUACGAAAGGACAAGAACACUGUACCAGGCGGUCAAAUUUUAAAUGCGUAUUGUUCAUGUACAGCUGGAAUGAUGGGUUCGUGCAACCAUAUUGCCGGUGUCCUUUUCAGAAUGGAAUAUGCUGUCAAGACAGGAAUGACGCGUCCAACCUCUACAAGCAAAGCCUGUGAAUGGACUGUUCCAAAAAAGAAAACCACCGUAAAAAUGGGAAAAGCGAGAGAUUUUACAUGGAAGAAAGCAAAAUACACACAACUACCACGCAACAAAGACAAAGAAAAUGAGACUAAUACAAAAAAAACUUAACUUCACACCAUUGAAUAAGAGUCAACAAAACAAAAUUGAAGACGGUGAAAAGUUAAGGAAUGAAUUGAAAGAACUGUUAGCCGAAGAUAUGCCAAACUCGUGCUUCAUGCUUCUUAUGAAUAAGAAAAAGUUAAAAAAUCCAUCUGAAGCUGAAAAUGUUAAAUUAAAAUUACCACCAACUUUAAAUGAAUUAAGCAAAAGAGUGGAAUCUCUAGAUAUUCCUGAAUGUGCAAAACAAGCUGAAUUUAAAAAACAGAUGUGUGUCACGCAAGACGAGAUUGACUCUUUGAAUCGAGACACAGUAUCGCAAAGUAAGUCUGAGUCAUGGAAGGAGCACCGCAGAGGUCGUGUCACCGCAAGCAAUUUUCACAGAAUAUGUAAGCGCGCUUCGUCUCUGAAAAAAGAUUCCUCCGAGGACCCAACAUCUGUGAUAAAACUUGUAAUGGGAACAACCGAGGGCAUCCAAACCCAUGCUAUGAAGCACGGUAUUUCUUUGGAACCGGUUGCGAAAAGAAAUUACCAGGUUGAAAUGAAGAAGGUUCAUAAAAGGUUCCAGUCGUCAGACUCUGGGAUAAUUUUAGACAAGGAUCGGCCAUUCAUGGCAGCUUCGCCAGACUUAUUCGUGUCCUGUGUUUGUUGCGGAGAUGGCCUUUGUGAAGUCAAAUGCCCAGAGUCUAUUAAAGACCAACAACCAUCAGCCGACAAUGUCCCUUACCUUAUCGUUAAAGACGGUGUAAUGUCCUUAAAAAGAAACCAUCCCUAUUUUUACCAAGUUCAAGGACAGAUGGGUAUAACUAAAAGGAACUUUUGUGACUUGUAUAUAUUUACCUACCAUGGAAGUUUGAGUUUGAGAAUAAAUUUUGACUCCACCACAUUUAAUGAAAUUGUUCAAAAUGUAUCUUGGUUCUGGGACAAUUUUAUUAUUAACAGACUCCUGACUCACAGAAUUUUACAGGAAAAAAGUGAUACUGAAAAUAGAUUAAAUAUGUAAUGACUAAUGUUCAGGAAAAAAAGGCAGAAAAGGAACUCAUAAAUUGAAUAGAAUCUGGAUUUCAGAUAAUGCUGAUUGUAAAUAUUUUAUUGUUCCUUCUUUUUUGCAUGAUAUUAAAGCCUAUUAUGCAUUAUU